UUCUUCUGCUGCACAGCCUGUCAGCCAGAGCCGCUGGCGGAGCGGCCGGGGGCUCCUUUGCACCCGGGCGCCAGAGCCCUCGCCCUCCCGCAGCCUUCUCCCAGGCCCGCCGCGCGCACCCACCAUGAGGCCGCCGUUCUACCGCUGCCACAACAUUACCUCGGUGGAAAAGGGCAACUCGGCGACGAUGGGUGGGGUACUGUUCAGCGCGGGCGUCUUAGGCAAUCUGCUGGCCCUGGGGCUGCUGGCCCGCUCGGGGCUGGGGUUGCACCUGCCGCGCCAGUCACCCUCAGUCUUCUUCGUGCUGGUGUGUGGUCUGACGGUUACCGACUUGCUGGGCAAGUGCCUCUUGAGCCCUGUGGUGCUGGCCGCCUACGCGCAGAACCGGAGUCUGAGCGGGCUGUUGCCCGCGUCGGGCAGCUUGCUGUGUCAAGCCUUCGCCUUCUUCAUGUCCUUCUUCGGCCUUGCCUCGAUGUUGCAGCUCCUGGCCAUGGCGCUGCAGUGCUGGUUGUCUCUGGGGCACCCCUUCUUCUACCGACGGCACAUCACCCUGCGCCGGGGUGUGCUGGUGGCGCCGGUCGUGGGCGCGUUCUGCUUGGCUUUCUGCGCGCUGCCCUUCGCGGGCUUCGGAGAGUUCGUGCAGUACUGCCCUGGCACCUGGUGCUUUAUCCAGAUGGUCCACGAAGAGGGCUCGCUGUCGGUGCUGGGCUACUCCGUGCUCUAUGCCAGCCUCAUGGCCCUGCUGGUCUUGGCCACCGUGCUGUGCAACCUGAGCGCCAUGCGCAACCUCUACGCGAUGCACCGGCGGCUACCGCGGCGCCCGCGCUGCGGCACCAGGGGCUGCCCGGAGCCGGGCGCCGGCGAGAGGGAGGCGUCCCCGCAGCCAUUGGAGGAGCUGGAUCACCUCCUGCUGCUGGCCCUCAUGACAGGGCUCUUCACCAUGUGCUCCCUGCCUUUAAUUGUUCCCAGGUGAUGUUGAUGCUGCUGAUCCAGGAAGAACCACACCCUAAAGCAGGAACUGGAAAACUAGGAAGGCGGGAGGGGAAGAGGGUGGGAGGAGAGGGGAGGGGAAUAGGCCUGCCUGCCAUUUUUGAAUAGUCCUGGAGUUAAGAAUUUCCUUUUAUAGAUGAACAUUUGCAAUUAAUUUGAUGAUGGGGAACACAAAAUUUGAACCCCAAUUACGUGAAAUUAAAAAAUUCCAUUCUUCUCAUUAGUAGUCCUGUAUUGUGAAAUAUUGUACUCAAUUAUCAUUAGAUUUUAAAUUUCAUCAAUAAAAAAAUGUUUUCUCUCUUGUUAUACAAGUACAUACCAAAUAGUCUCGAUUUUGCCUCUUGGCCCCAAAACCAAACCCAUUGCAGUUGAGUCAAUUCCAACUCAUAGCGA